AUGGAUAUUGAGAAAGAAAUCGUAAAAUUGUCUUCUUGCUAAAAGUUCUUGCUUAUUCAAAGCUUUAGAACUUUGAUCAAUAUAAUUGAUUUGGAAAAUUUCAAAUAGAAGCAAAUCAACUUCAGAGAUGCUGAAAUUUCAUUUAUUGAUUACUUCGAUAAUGAGUUGUUGAUAGGGGACAAAUAAGGAAAAUUAUAUUACAAAAACGAGUCCUUCUAAGUGCAUUCUGGCUAAUUUUUAUAAGGGAUUGUUAAAGACGGAAUGUUGCUAUCAUUGGGUUCAGAUGGUUUAUUAAAAUAAACUAAUAUCAAAACAUUUUAAUGUCUCUACUCUAGAUAAUUGUCUCAUCACAUCAAGGAAGGAACCUUAUAUCUGUUGACCUCCCAUGUAUUGGUCUAAUAUGGUUAGAAGAUAGUGCUAAUUAACUUAGAAAACGAUGUAGUAGAAACAAAGUAUAAAAUAAAUCAAUAAGGACCUCUGAUAGUCAAAUUGAACAAUCUUUCCAAAGACUACUUCUCCGUUUUGGGCAAGGAGGGUUUAUUGAAAAUAUUCAAAUUAGGCGACAGCUCAGAAACAAUAUAAACUAUUGAGAUUGGAAGCUAUGAAAAUUAUGAAUUAUAUUACAUGGCCAAAAAGACUACAAUAUUGCUUUGGAAUCAAGACAGUAUCAUCGGAUAUGUUUUCGAAAAAGAAUUAAAUAAGUAAUAUGAAGUCAAGAUAAACAACUUAUAAUCUGUGAUGCAAGGAGAAAAAUUACUGAUUGUCUACGAUAACAUCAGCAAUCCAAAAUUAAAAUAGAUACAGAAUAUUGAGAGUUAAAAAUUCAAAUCUUUAUAUUAAUAAGAAUAAUUGCUCAGAUUCAAUGAAUUGUAAUAAUAAAAGUAGGAUGAUUAAAAUUAAAACAAAUAACAAUCGAAUCCUAUCCCCAUUGCUUUUUACGACUUUGCUUACUUUAACAACUAAAGUUCUCUUGUCAAAGAUGAUAAGAUUGAGCCAAAAACUAUUACUAGUGAACAAAAUCUAAUUAAUGUGCUUAAGCAGUCGUUGAUUGCCAAGGAUAAGGCUUAUUUAGAAUAUGCUUUAGAGCGAACUCUUUAAAGUGGAAUUGCUGAAUCUGUCAAUUCCUUACAACUUGAACAAUUAUAAGAACUCUAGCAUUUCAUCGUGGAUAAGUUGAUAAGUUAUCCUGAAUAAACAAAAAAGUAUUUGGAAUGGAUCAAAGCCAUAGUAAAAAGAGGAGUUGGAGAUUUCUCUAAAUUGUAUUAUCUAUUGGAAGAGAGAACGAAAUCAAUCAGUAAAUUAGAAUCAAUCUGUUCAAAGAUUCAAUUCAAUAAAUUGACCCAGAAACCUAAAUAGGAUAAAGAUUAUAGAAAACAAUAACACACCGUUUAUGAAGAAUAGUAGGCUGACGUUGUGAUCAUCCAAGGGAAUGUCCCUGAAAAGCAUGUUGCUGAGGCCAACUACGCAGAAGAUUAGACAAGUUAAAUUGAGGAUGAUUUCAAUUAAGCUUAUGUUAAACACAAGUAAGAACUUAGACAGAAGGCUUAUUAAGACAUAGAAGAGGAAGCUUAUGAUGAAGAAGAUUUAAAACUUUGA